AAACAAAAAUAAAAGGGAGGCGAUCCCACAUCCCAUGCUCAUAUCCCAUGGCGGAGGUUGCCAAUUUGGACAGAAGAAUGUCUUUUUCUUACAAAGCAGCAACUACCAGGCCUCCCGAUCAGCGGCCACCUCACUCGCGGGUGGAGGACGACGCGGCCGUGGAGAAACGCUACGCCAUCGGCCAGGAGCUCGGACGAGGAAGCUUCGGGAUAGUGCGAGAGGUGACCAGUCGCUUCACGGGAGAGCUGUUGGCGGUCAAGACCGUGAACAAGGACAAGCCCGGAAGCACUAGUAUCCAGAUGCUGACUAGAGAAGUGGAGGUCCUCAAAAGACUCGAUCAUCCCCAUAUUAUAAAACUGGAAGAUAUCUUAGAAACACCACAGAAAAUGUACUUGGUGAUGGAGCUAUGUACUGGAGGAGAACUGACAGCAAGACUCAAACAACUUGGCUACUUCAGAGAGUCUGAAGCUAAAGAAGUAAUGAGACAGCUCACGGAGGUGCUAACCUACCUUCAUAGCAAUGAUAUUGUGCACAGAGAUCUAAAGCUUGAGAAUGUACUACUGAAAUCGCCUAUCAACUCUGCGACUGACAAGAUAGACAUCAGAGUGACAGACUUUGGACUGGCACACAUGAAGAGCCUGUCGGAUCUGGAGGACCCCAUCAUGGACGAGCGCUGCGGCACUCCGUACUACAUGGCCCCAGAGGUCAUCCUCAGCAGACACGAGUACACCAAGAUGUGCGACGUUUGGAGCCUGGGAGUCAUCAUGUACUACAUGUGAGAUUUACUCAAACAUGUAUAAUAUUAAGAGCAGAGUGUAAAGAGGUCGAUCCAAAGCAACUAUGCAACAAAAUUCGCCAUUGCACUUGCCAUCAAGUGACACUUUCUUUGUUUCCCCCCUUGCCCUGUUCUGCCAACAGAAUCUGUGGGAAGGUUCCAUUUCACGGUGAUGCAAACCUGAAGCUAGAAGAGUGUAUCGUACAUGGCGAGCCGACAUUCAAAGAAGUAGAGUGGAUCAAUAUCUCUGAGCAAGCCCAGACACUGAUCAGAGGAAUGCUGUGUAAAGACACAACAAGAAGGUUGACUGCCAUGAGAGUCCUCAAUGAUGCCUGGUUCACUGGUCAACCAAGCAAGUUUUUUACUGCCAUUGAGCUCAUGGAAGACAUGACAGGCCACGCCAGCAGCACCAGCCAAAGACCCUCUCUGAAAUUCCACACUUCCACGCACCAGCCACCCUCAGUCAAAAAGACUUCAACCUCCGGCCACCACCCACGACACCCCUCACCCUCUCCCAGAACUUCACAUCAGCACCACUCUGAGAAACCGUCUCUCCAAGAGAAGAGGUUUAGAAGCACGUCCACCCUCGACCCUAAUCCUCCCACGACAUCUCCCUCCUCUUCGGGCCAACUCAAGAACUAUUCAACUAGCAGUCUUCGCAGUAGGAGUCCUGGGAGGCAGAGAUCUGUCUCAGUAGGCCAAAGACCGUCCACUACUGCAGCCUCGUCCAGAAAGAUUUCUCAUCAGCAGACGACUCACGAACACCCCGAGCACCAGCACACGCUAACCAGUUCACAGCACAAACAACGCGCCAAGCAGAGUAGCCAUUCUACUACAUCAAAAACGUAGCACAAAGUGAAUGGAGCGGUGUAAGAUUUAAUAUUAGGUUUCCAGCAUUUUUUUUGGUUUCUUGUACAGGUUAAGCAAUUCAUUGUGUAUAAUGUUCUGCUUGAAAAGCAUUACAUGAGAGAAAGAUUUUGAGAGCUAUUGUGCUUGAUAAUCAAUUUGACUAGUAAAUAGUCCUUGCCUGUAUAACAUGAGAGCAUGGUGUACUA